UCUAAUCUCGUACCUUUUUUUUUGUUGCUCGUCUGCCGUCUAGUAACAAAAAGCAUGAGCGACAUCGAGAAAGAUUUUAGGGAGCAGGUGAGUGGUGAGAAGAAGUUGAGCUAACGGUUAACGUUAAUCAUUUUCAAACGUUUAGCUAGCUUAAAUGUUAGCUGCGUUCAUAGCUCGGUUCAUGUGAGUGCAUUGUUAUAGCAGGCCUCGACCCCGACUGAAGUGUGUUUUGUACAGCGUUUAUCUGAGUAACUAACUACAAGAGUAUUGAGUGUUAACAAUUGUCGAAAAUGAAAUCCAUGACGUAGAAGCCUGAGGCCUGCAAUGCACAACAAUCGCAGAGAUUUAACGCCAGCGACCUCUGCGAUUGCUUUGCUCCACCUCCUUCAUCGCAGACUUGUUACUUAGCCUGAGAUAAUGGAUAAUGACUACCGAUUAACAUUAGUGACAAGUCAAUAUUUAAUGGCUGUAAUGUUCAGAUCUGUAUCCGCAAUACGUUAUUUAGAACCAACAAAGAUAACAUGUUACGUUAUUAAUCUAAUGUAUGUUGUUUUCCUGUUGUUUUCUUUUUAUUUGUGUUCAUUUUUGGCUUUUCCAGAAACCAACUUGCCUUAUCACCCUUGUUUGUUCUUUGUUAAGGUUGAGGUUGGAAGAAAGAAAAAGGCGGAAGACGUGUCAGAUGUGAAGUUGUUAUUAUUUGGCGCUGAUGGUGUUGAUGCAUGCUAAUGUGUUGGCUGCUCAAAGGAAGCCAUCAAGAUCUGUCCCCACUACUAGUGUUGUAAUGGCAGAUGGUAAAUGGGGGAAGAGGAGGAAAAAGAAGUCAUUAUGUCAAACGGAAGAAAGAAGAAAUGAAGGGUUGUUUUGAAGUUAAAGAAGUUAUGAAGUUAAGAUCAGAAGUUUACCAGGGACUCGCAGCCUGGCUCUAGGAGUGCGUCCCCUCGGGGCUCAGUUAAAUCCACCAGCCGCUCCCCAGCGCGGUCAAAAGAUGGCUCCCAUCACUCCAGGUCGAGAUCCCGAUCUCAAUCCCGAUCCAAAUCCAGGUCCCGUUCCCACCGGAGUUCGCGCAGGCAUUAUUCGCGCUCUCGUUCCCGCUCCCACCGACACCGGUCCAGGAGCCGUUCUCGUAGCUGGGAGUACCGCCGGCAUAGGAGCCAUAGCCGCUCCCCCAUGUCAAACCGGCGUAGACACAUUGGAAACAGGGCUAACCCAGACCCACACAACUGUCUGGGUGUCUUUGGACUGAGUCUGUACACCACGGAGAGAGACCUGAGGGAGGUUUUCUCUAAAUACGGCCCUUUGAGUGGCGUCAACAUUGUGUAUGACCAGCAGUCGCGUCGCUCAAGGGGCUUUGCCUUUGUCUACUUUGAGAACUGUGAGGACUCCAAGGAGGCCAAGGAGCGUGCUAAUGGGAUGGAGCUCGAUGGGCGCAGGAUCCGAGUGGACUUCUCCAUCACAAAGCGGGCCCAUACACCCACUCCUGGAAUCUACAUGGGACGGCCCACAUAUGGUGGUGGUGGCAGUGGCGGAGGAGGUGGAGGCGGUGGAGGCAGCGGCAGUGGCGGUAGCACCAGUGGUGGUUCGUCGCGACGUGCUUCAAGGGACUAUGACAGGAGCUACGACAGAAGUUAUGACAGAAGUUAUGAUCGUGACUACGAUCGCUAUGACGACAGAGAGUACAGAUCAUACAGACGCAGAUCUCCAUCUCCGUACUACAGCAGAGGCUACCGCUCACGAUCCCGGUCUCGGUCCUACUCGCCACGUCACUACUGAUCAGUUAAAGAAGAAGGAAACAGUUCAGUGUUAUUGUUCACAUGGUUUCUUUUCUUUACUUUUUAUGUUUUUGUAUGUUUUUGCUUUUGUUUUUAAAUCAUGCAUCUGAUUUGAAUUCUGGAUUUGUUUAUGUAUUGAUGCAGUUGAUUUUUCAGUUUGAGCACCAAAAACUCAGCUGUCAUUUUUAAUAACCAAAUUUGUAGGGAAAGUCAUGAAACGCAAAAACCUAAAAUUUAAGAAAAUAGAUUCAAGUGAGAAUGAGCAGUGCUUUGGAUCUGCACCAAAAUAAAGGGCUGGUUCUUGAUGCUCAGUGCUUUAUAUAGAAACAAGAUUUUUUUCCAGCAGUUAUAUUAUGAUUUUUAAUUUGGCUGUUUGUAUGUAGCUGCAAAGAUCCCAGUUUGCUUGUAUUUGAUGUUUUAAAUAUCAACUUUCUAUUUAUUCUUGUUUUUCUGAAAGGUUCUUGUUUGGGGUGUUGUAUAUAAACAAAUGAUACUUAAGUCUGCUAGUGACAGUUUGUAGUGUACUGUGAUGGCCACAUCGCCUCAUGGUUUUAGAUGCUACAGGAGUUGUACCAUGAAGUCCUCUGAAACUGAAUUUGAUGUGUAGAAAAAAAAAUACUGCUCAGUUUUUUGUUUUUUUUCACGCAUGCGACCUCAAUUGAGUGACCUUCCAUAAUAAAGUCCUGAUUUGUCACA